AUGGAGAAACUGGAAGCACGAAUCAGAAACCAUGAUCGUGAGAUUGAGAAAAUGUGCAACUUCCAUUACCAGGGCUUUGUGGACUCCAUCACGGAGCUGCUGAAAGUUAGAGGAGAAGCUCAAAAAUUGAAGAAUCAAGUGACGGACACAAACCGGAAGCUGCAGAAUGAAGGAAAAGAACUGCUCCUAGCCAUGGAAGAGCUGAAGCAGUGCCGGCUGCAGCAGAGGAACAUUUCGGCGACGGUUGAUAAGCUGACGCUGUGUCUUCCUGUCCUGGAGAUGUACAGCAAACUACGAGAGCAAAUGAAAUCUAAAAGGCACUACCCUGCACUGAAGACCCUGGAGCACCUUGAGCACACGUACCUGCCCCAAGUGAGCCACUACCGCUUCUGCAAGAUCAUGGUGGAUAACAUUCCAAAGCUAAGGGAAGAGAUCAAAGAAGUUUCCAUGUCAGAUCUCAAGGAUUUCCUGGAGAGUAUCCGUAAGCACUCGGACAAGAUUGGAGAGGCAGCCAUGAAGCAGGACUGCCGAUUUUCCCAGUGGAGUGUUUUAGGAAAAGGUUUCUUUGUGAUUGACCUCAGCCCAAACCUGGAGGCACAGCAGCAAAGGAACCUGGACAAUAUUGUAUCACAGCAUCCCAGGAUAAGCGGGGGGAAGAAGUCCAAGAAAGAAGUCUGCGCAAGCUCAGAGCUGGAGGUAAAAAACACUAGCCCCAUGUCUGAGCAGGAUUCGGGUAUUCUGGAUGUUGAAGAUGAGGAUGAGGAUGAAGAGGUGCCUGGGGCCCAGGACCUGGUGGACUUCUCACCAGUGUACCGAUGCCUGCACAUAUAUUCUGUCCUGGGAGCCCGAGAAACCUUUGAGAACUACUACAGGAAGCAGAGAAGAAAACAAGCCAGAUUGGUCCUGCAACCUCCUUCAAACAUGCAUGAAACCUUAGAUGGCUACAGGAAGUAUUUUAAUCAAAUUGUAGGGUUUUUUGUAGUUGAAGAUCACAUCUUGCACACAACGCAGGGCUUGGUAAAUAGAGCCUACAUUGAUGAGCUGUGGGAGAUGGCCUUGUCAAAAACCAUCGCAGCCCUCAGAACACAUUCAUCCUACUGCUCGGACCCAAGCCUGGUGUUAGACUUGAAGAACCUCAUUGUCCUCUUUGCAGACACACUCCAGGGAUAUGGCUUCCCAGUGAACCAGCUCUUUGACAUGCUGUUGGAGAUCCAAGACCAGUACAGUGAAACCCUGCUGAAGAAAUGGUCAGGAGUUUUCAGAAAUAUACUUGAUUCAGAUAACUACAGUCCCAUCCCAGUGACAAAUGAAGAAGUUUAUAAGAAAAUAGUUGGACAGUUUCCAUUUCAGGACACAGAACUUGAAAAGCAACCAUUUCCAAAGAAGUUCCCCUUCUCUGAGUUUGUGCCUAAGGUUUACAAUCAGAUUAAGGAAUUCAUCUACGCCUGCCUGAAGUUUUCAGAAGACCUUCAUCUGAGCUCCACUGAAGUUGAUGAUAUGAUUAGAAAAUCGACAAACCUGCUGCUGACCCGAACGCUGAGCAACUGUUUACAGAACGUCAUCAAGAGGAAAAACGUUGGGCUGACGGAGCUCGUACAGAUUAUUAUAAAUACGACCCACUUGGAGAAAUCCUGCAAAUUCCUAGAGGAAUUCAUCACCAAUAUCACCAAUGUGCUUCCAGAAACUGUCCACACUACGAAACUCUACGGGACCACAACCUUCAAGGACGCCCGCCACGCUGCUGAGGAGGAGAUUUACACUAAUCUGAACCAGAAGAUAGACCAGUUCUUGCAGCUGGCAGACUACGACUGGAUGGCCAUGGAGCCAGGCAGCAAGGCCAGCGACUACCUGCUAGACCUCAUUGGCUUUCUCCGUAGCACCUUUGCUGUGUUCACCCACCUCCCGGGGGAUGUAGAUGUCCACUCUACAAUGUCGGGGAAGGUGGCACAGACGGCGUGCAUGUCGGCCUGCAAGCACCUCUCCACCUCGCUGAUGCAGCUGCUGCUGGAGGCCGAGGUGCGGCAGCUGACGCUGGGCGCCCUGCAGCAGUUCAACCUGGACGUGGAGGAGUGUGAACAGUUUGCCAGAUCCGGCCCAGUGCCUGGGUUCCAAGGGGACACGCUGCAGUUGGCCUUCAUCGACUUGAGACAACUCUUGGAUCUCUUCAUCCAGUGGGACUGGUCAACAUAUUUGGCUGACUAUGGGCAACCCACGUGCAAGUAUCUCCGUGUGAACCCGAUGACAGCCCUUGUCCUGCUGGAAAAGAUAUCCCGAGUGAUGAGAGACACGAGCAGAAAAAACAACGUUUUUGCCCAGUUUCGGAAAAACGAGAGGGACAAGCAGAAGCUGAUAGACACCGUGGCCAAGCAGCUCCGCAGCCUGAUCAACAGCCAUCACUCGUGA